AUGCUCACCGUGCGCCCGGCGACGCGCGCCGAUGCGCCUCUUCUCCCCGCUGUAGAACGAUCCGCCGGCCAAGCUUUUCGCCAGAUCCAGGAUCUCGCAUGGAUCGCCGACGACUCGGGCCAAUCGGUAGAGCGCCACCUCACCCUCAUUGCGCAGGGCGUCGCCUGGGUGGCGGUUGACGCUGGCCUAACCCCGGAAGAGGUCCCAGUUGGUUUCCUCAACGGCGAAAUCCUCGAUGGCAACCUGCACAUUUGGGAAAUGUCAGUGGACAAAGACCAUCAGGGAAAGGGCAUCGGUCGAGCCCUGAUGGCCCAGGCAAAGAAGUGGGCAGUCGAGCAACAGCUUCCGUUUGUGACACUGACUACAUUUCGCAAUGUCCCGUGGAACGAGAAAUUUUACAAGUCAAUUGGGUUUGUGACACUGGACGACGGCGAAGUGACGACUGCUUUGAGAAAGGUGUUGGAUGACGAGGUCAGAGAUGGGUUGCCGGCGGAGAGGAGGUGUGCGAUGAGAUUGUCGCUGCAAUGA